CCCACUGUAGCGGGGCAGUGGGUCGGGGGCGCCCACCGGCGCUCCUGCCUCCCCCAGCCCCCUUCUUGCGGUGCGGCCAUGCUCCCCUCCAUCGGACGAUGCCUGUCGCGGCGGCUCCGCACACCUCCCGCGCCGGAGCUGCGGGCGUUCAUCGUCCGCAACACGGAGCCGGUGAGCGAGCACCUGAGCCCGGAGAUCAGCCUGCGGCUUCUCACUCCGCGCUGCCCGUUCUGGGGCCGGGCGGCCCAGCCGUGGCCCUUCGGCGACCCCUACUGGGCCAUUUAUUGGCCGGGGGGCCAGGCGCUCUCCAGAUACAUUCUGGAUAAUCCUGCAGUCACAACGGCAAAGAGGGUUUUGGACCUGGGAAGCGGAUGUGGUGCUUCUGCAAUCGCAGCUGUUAUGAGUGGAGCGACAGAUGUUCUUGCCAAUGACAUCGACCCACUUGCAGCAGUCGCCAUAGGAAUAAACUGUGAACUUAACAAAAUACCGCCACUGCGAGUAGCAACAGAAAACUUAAUUGGAAAAAUGGAAGAAAAGUGGGAUGUGAUUCUUUUAGGCGACAUGUUUUAUGAUGAAGAAAUUGCCACUGAUCUUCACAACUGGCUGACAAAAUACAAGAGAUUUCACGGACCAGAGAUUCUGAUUGGGGAUCCUGGAAGAGCUGAGUUUACAAAAUAUCUUGGACAGGAUUGGCUGAAAAAGGUCACUGAGUAUGAACUUCCUGCGUCUACAAAGGAGGAGAAUUAUGGAUUGACUUCAAGCAGUGUUUGGAGAUUUUUAUAGGAUAUAACUGGGCUAGUCCAAUCCAUUUUCUGUCAGAGUAUAAUAGUAGGCCAUUCAGCCCUUCCUGUCUGAUUGUUUACCUCUGGGCCACUUUUCUACACCAACCCCAUUUCCCUUGAUUCAAUAAUACCUAAAGAUCUAGCAAUUUCAGUCCUGGAUAUAACAGCCUCCACAGCAUUCUUGGGUAGUGGAGUCCUGAGGUUUACUGGGUCAAGAAUUUUUUUCUCAUAUCUGUGCUGAAUAGUUGAGCUCUCAUUUUGAGACUGUGACUCCUGGCUCCAGACACUUCAUUUAGCGAAAACAUCAACCCAGUAUCUACCCUGUCUAACCCUAUUUUGUGUACUUCAGUGAGAUCACCCCUCAUUCUUCUAUACUUGAGCAUACAGACUUAGUCUGCUUAACGUCUCCUUAUACCUCAAACCUGCCUUUUGAGAGCAACAGAAGUUCUGGUCGACUUCAGCCCAACAAAGACCUGGAACUGAAACAGGGACCUUUGAAUCUGUAAUGUUCCAUCAUAGUGGUACCUUGCUCUAGAUAAAUAUAGAAUACACAAGGUAUGGUCCUUCUACUAACUCCAACUCCAAAUCAGAUUUAUUCCAAUAGGACUUGAAUUUUAAGUAACUGUA